AUGAGUGCCUUGUUGGCUGAACUGAAAGCAGAGAUUAGACACUUACAGAAAGAGAAUGAAGCACAGGCAGCUAAGGUCAGAGAACUGGAGUUACAAAAGACGGAGUUGGACAAGCUGAAAGAACAGCACGAAGCACAAGCAGCUAAGGUGAAAGAAUUGGAGUUGCUAAGGGCAGAAAUGGAUAAGCUGAAGCAAGAGAGCCAAGUCAAACGUGUGGCUUUCUCAGCCUCUCUGUUAGGCACAGGCUCACAAACUAUUGGACCAUUUAACACACACGUGCCUCUGGUCUUCAAAUAUGUUGUUUCCAAUAUUGGAAAUGCCUAUAAUUCACACACAGGUUCCUUCACUGCACCAGUAAGAGGAGCGUACCACUUUGAAUUUUAUGUAUAUGGAUAUCAUUCACAUCCUUCAGGGGCUGUGUUGGUCAAGAAUGGAGAGCACGUCUUUCUUGCAUACGAACAUUCGAGCAGUCCUCAUUCAGUCAGUUCUUCUAAUGGUGUCACAUUGCUAUUAGAGGUAGGAGAUGUGGUGUUUUUGCGACUGUGGAAUGGCGCUUGGAUUUUUGACAAUGCAAAUCGGCACAGCACGUUCAGUGGACAUCUGCUUUUCCCCAUGUGA